AUGCAUAAACUCCUCUUCUUAUCCACACUCUCCCUCGCGGCAGCUACAUCUACUACUACUAAUGGGGACUUGGGGUAUUUGCAAUGUGCUUCCUCCAUCGCAGAAACCUAUUCCCGCAGUGCAGAUUGUACCUCCCCCUCAGUACUAGACUGCUUCUGCAAUGCACCGUUUGAUCCGUCCUCGCUGGGUCGGAAGACUUUGGAGAGUUGUGCGAGUGAGGGUGUUUCACCAUCCAACAUCCCCGACUACGUAUGCAGCGACACCGACGUCCCCAUUGACGCACGCAAGGGAAGUAGUCCCAUGAUGCGGGUUGAUACGACCAGCUCUGGUGCCAGUACAGAUGGCAAUGGCAACGGCAACGGAAAUGGGAAUGGAAACGGUAAUGGCAACGGCAACGGCAACGGCAACGGAAAUGGCAAUGGUAAUGGGAAUGGUAAUGGUAAUGGAAACGGCAACAGCGGCAACAUAUUCACACCCAAACACUCCAACUACUACAAAGCCUCAAAGCGCGCAUACGCACCAUCCACCCCUGACCCCAACGCCGACACAUCCUCAUCCGACACAACCACCACCACCGAGUCGACAGACGACACCUCAGACUCCCCGGAGGACCGCAUCGAAGCGACUACCAAAACCAAAACCGAAACCAAGACCUCAGAAGCGCGCAUCGAAUCACCGGCGACUAUAACCGAGCAUCACGGGGUGCACAUGACAGACGCCACGAACCCAAACGUAGUAUACAAGAUGUACACGGAGACAGUGACGGACUGUGCAUGUGAGCAUGCAACCGCUACUGGGGAUGCGCAUGCCUCGGAGUUGAGAAUGGAGAGUGGAACUGCCGCUACUGCUGCUGCUGCUGCUGCUGCUACCGGUACAUCAGCAAGGCUUUUUGGAACGCAGGCGGCGGAGACGUCAGGAGCGGUGGUGUCGUCGUCGUCGGUGGUGAUGUCGAUGCCUAGUGGGGUGGAUGCGAGUCGGGUUGAUGGGGUGAAUGGGGUGAAUAAUGGAACUGGGGCGUUGUUUGAGGGGGGUGCGAGUAGGGUAGGAGGAGUUGGGGGUUUGUUGAUGGGGGUUGCGGUGGGGUUGUGGGGGUGGGUUUGGUUCUUUGAUCUGUCUAUUUCAUGA